AUGACCCUGUUACCGGGAGACAAUUCAGACUAUGACUACAGCGCCCUGAGCUGCACGUCGGACGCCUCCUUCCACCCGGCCUUCUUCCCACAGAGCCAGGCGCUCAAGGGCGUGUUCUACCGCCGCGCCCAGCGGCUGCGUCCGCAGGACGCCCCGCACCCCGGCAGCCCGGGUCCCGGGGACCGCCGCCGACAGAUCAUCAUCAACGUGGGCGGCAUCAAGUACUCGCUCCCCUGGACCACGCUGGACGAGUUCCCCAUGACACGGCUGGGCCAGCUCAAGGCCUGCACCAACUUCGACGACAUCCUCAACGUGUGCGAUGACUAUGAUGUGACCUGCAACGAGUUCUUCUUCGACCGAAACCCCGGGGCCUUCGGCACCAUCCUCACCUUCCUGCGCGCCGGGAAGCUGCGGCUGCUCCGGGAGAUGUGCGCGCUGUCCUUCCAGGAGGAGCUGCUGUACUGGGGCAUCGCCGAGGACCACCUGGACCGCUGCUGCAAGCGCCGCUACCUGCAGAAGAUCGAGGAGUUCGCCGAGAUGGUGGAGCGCGAGGAUGAGGAGGACGCGCUGGACAGCGAGGCCCGAGACAGCGACGGCCCUGAGUCAGGCGAGGGCCGCCUGAGCCGCUGCAUGCGGAGACUGCGCGACAUGGUGGAGCGGCCUCACUCGGGGCUGCCGGGCAAGGUGUUCGCUUGCCUGUCGGUGCUCUUUGUCACCGUCACUGCUGUCAACCUCUCGGUCAGCACCUUGCCCAGCCUGAGGGAGGAGGAGGAGCAGGGCCAGUGUUCCCAGAUGUGCCACAACGUCUUCAUCGUGGAGUCGGUGUGUGUGGGCUGGUUUUCCCUUGAGUUCCUCCUGCGUUUCAUCCAAGCACCCAGCAAGUUCGCUUUCCUGCGGAGCCCGCUGACGCUCAUCGACCUGGUGGCCAUUCUGCCCUACUAUGUCACCCUGAUGGUGGAUGGCGCCGCCUCAGGCCGCCGAAAGCCCAGCUCGGGCAACAGCUACCUGGACAAGGUGGGGCUGGUGCUCCGAGUGCUGCGGGCACUGCGCAUCCUGUACGUGAUGCGGCUGGCCCGCCACUCGCUGGGGCUGCAGACGCUGGGGCUCACGGCCCGCCGCUGCACCCGUGAGUUCGGCCUGCUGCUGCUCUUCCUGUGCGUGGCCAUCGCCCUCUUCGCACCCCUCCUCUAUGUCAUCGAGAAUGAGAUGGCAGACAGCCCCGAGUUCACCAGCAUCCCCGCCUGCUACUGGUGGGCCGUCAUCACCAUGACAACUGUGGGCUACGGGGACAUGGUGCCCCGGAGCACCCCGGGCCAGGUGGUGGCGCUCAGCAGCAUCCUCAGCGGCAUCCUGCUCAUGGCCUUCCCGGUGACCUCCAUCUUCCACACCUUCUCCCGCUCCUACCUGGAGCUCAAGCAGGAGCAGGAGCGGGUCAUGUUCCGCAGGGCCCAGUUCCUCAUCAAAACCAAGUCGCAGCUGAGCGACAUGUCCCAGGACAGUGACAUCUUGUUCGGAAGUGCUUCCUCGGACACCAGAGACAAAAACUGAACCCAAAGGACACCCCCCACCCUGCCUGCCACCCGUGGCUUGACACUGCUGCCAUCUGCCAUGGGAGGCUCCGAAGAGACAUGCCGCUUCUGAGCACGGCCCAGAGCCACCCACAGGAGGGACAUCGCCACACCAUCGCAGGGGUCCAGAAGGGAAAGGCAAGCUGGGAAGCCCAGUGCCCAGCCAUGGCUGCUUUCCCCGCCCACCCCAGCCCGGUGUCUGUUCCCCUCAGCACGGCAAGGGCUUAUGCUGCUCGCGUGUAAAUAGCCCACCCAGUGAAGCCUGCUUGGAGAAAAAUACAGCAGCUACGCGUGUCUGUAGUGUGGACCGUGUCCUGGGGAAGGAGGCGGGCGAAGGAAAGGAAAUGGCCUCCACACAAGGGCCCUCUGAGAAGAGGAACAACGGGAGGGCUUGUGGCUGGGGCCGCUGGGGCCCUCUGGGUGGGAGGAAGAGGAGGACCACAGACCUUUAAGAAACUCCCAGAAAAGGCACUUUCCCUUUCUCGCUUCUGCUUCACUCCCUGGCCCUCUUCCCAGUCUUCUUCCUUCUUUCCCAUCCUCUGUUCUCCUUUACACCUCAAGGCCUGUUUCUCAAACCUUCCCUCAAGGCAUCCAAAGGACACCAAAGAGCCCCUCAGCACAGCUGACUUCAAAGGUAAAAUCACUUCCUUGUAUCUUUAAAUAACAGUACGCAUUGUUCUUCUACUCUGAGUUUAUUUAAUACUAGAAAAAAGGCUUCACACCGCUUGCCCCAAUCGAAAUCUACACCCACCAUGGGGCUGCCGCUCCCAGACAGUCUGAGAGGCGCACAAAAGCCCCCAGAGGCCCCCUGUGCCCCAAAGACCUACAGGGCACCCCGAGCCGCCCCGCGCCCCGACAGCAGGGCACGCAGAUGCCCGUACCCAGGCCAGCCCGGAGUCCUCCCGCUGUGUCCGGCACCCACGUCGCACUCGCGAGCUCGUCCCUCACUUUCUUCGUCCCACGCCCCUUGUCCGUGCCUCGGCCCCCACCUCGCCCACCCGGCAAGGGAAACACAACUUAGAAGCACUGCGCCAAGGGCCCCAUCCGGGUCCUGAGGGCCGCGCUUUACCGCCACAAUAAAGCCGAGCACCCGGACUGUGGCGCUGCCCUCCUCUCCAGCUCCUCUCCAGCUCCUCUCCCACCUCCGUCAGGAAUGCUCCUCCUGCAGAGCACUGAGUGGCUGGCUUCUUCCCGUCCUCUCCAGAGAGCCACUCCUCCAAAGCCCACACCGCCACCGCCACCAGGCUCUCCCUACCCUGCUUGGUCUUCAUCCGCCGGGAUUGCCGCAGUCCACUCUCGUCUAUUAGCGCCCGUCCAUCUCCUGAGUGAGCAGGCCGGUCUAGCCUGGCAGGGCCCCAGCAGCAGG